AUGACUCCACGUCGUGGAGUCAAACCAGACAAUUUCCGUGAUCCAAGUACAGCUUGUAGGGGGAAAGAUGGGCAUUGGAGGGUAGUUGUAGGUGGUUUGAAUAGCAAUCUAAGAGUGGCAAUUCUUUAUAGGAGUAAAGAUUUUGUUCACUGGAGCUUGCAUGAUGAGCCACUUAAUUUUGGAAAGAAUACUAAUAUAUGGGAGUGUCCAGACUUUUAUCCUAUGUCUAUUAACAGUAGAGAUGGGAUUGAGAACUCAACGAUUAGAAUAAACCUCAAGUAUGUGCUGAAAGCAAACUUCAAAUCACAUGACUACUACACAAUUGGAAGCUAUGAUGCUGAUAAAGAAAAGUUCUUACCAGAUGAUAAAGCUUUAUUAUCCUUCUUGGCAGAUAUGCAUAGUUUAGGGUUGAUCCAUAUUGGCUUGAAGUCGGAGAAUAUCCUUCUUGUGUCUUCUGAUUAUUUAAAGCUUCCUAUAUACAAGAGGACUUCACAAGGUGAAACACAUUUCAAAUGCUUGCCAAAGUCAAGUGAGAUUAAGUUAAUUGAUUUUGGAAGUAUUGCUUAUCAUAAUAAAAAACAUAGUUCCAUUGUUUCUACAAGACACUACCGUGCACCCGAAGGUGAAGCUUUGUUUCAGACUCAUGAGAGGGUACUGGGAGCUUUACCAGAGCAUAUGGUUCAGAGAGCCAACCAGGGUGCAGAAAAAUACUUUAGAAGAUCAAAAUUAAAGUGGCCAGAAGGUGUGGUUUCUAGGGAGAGUAUUAGAGCAGUGAGGAAGCUAGAUCACCUCAAGAAUAUGAUAUCAGGGUGUGUUUCAUAUGGAGGUUUGAGAUCAUGUAUUGUUGAUUUGUUGUAUGGAUUAUUGAAGUUUGAUCCUGAAGAACGUCUGACUGUUGAAGAAGCUCUUGAUCACCCCUUCUUUAGGAACACUUCUGAUUAA